AUAUGCCGGAAGUGUACAUGACGUUUUCACAGGCAGGCGUAGUCAUUUACAGCGUUACAAUCUUUACCUUUGCAAUGCUGUGAACCUUUGCACCGUACAGAGUUUAUGAAAAUAUUUCCAAUAUGAUGCAAUUUAUGCUUUUGUUUAGUCGCCAAGGAAAAUUGCGGCUUCAGAAAUGGUAUGAAGCUCAUCCAGAUAAACUGAAAAAGAAAAUCACAAGAGAAUUAGUGGCAUUGGUGCUUUCCAGAAAACCUAAAAUGUGUAGUUUCUUGGAAUGGAAAGAUCUAAAAAUUGUUUACAAAAGAUAUGCUAGUUUAUAUUUUUGCUGUGCAAUAGAAAACGAUGACAAUGAAUUGUUAGCUUUGGAGAUUAUACACAGAUAUGUAGAAUUGUUAGAUAAAUAUUUUGGAAGUGUAUGUGAAUUAGACAUAAUAUUUAAUUUUGAGAAAGCCUACUUCAUGUUAGAUGAGUUAUUAUUGGGUGGAGAGGUUCAAGAAACCAGUAAGAAGAAUGUUCUGAAAGCUAUUGCAGCCCAAGAUCUGUUGCAAGAGGUGUGGAUGAAUUAUGAAUCAGCUUCCAUAACCAAAACACUCCCGAUUUGAAAUAAUAAUUGGAAAAGCAUGGAUGUAUUUUCACAUUAUUUGGAGUCUGAAGAGCCCCGAGGAUUGCUGGAGGAGUUAGGAUUUAUUACCGGGAGCUAAUAGGAGGAAGUCCUAGAGACAGAAGAUUGGAUAAGCAGUGCAGCAUUUACACUGAUUUAUAAUGUGAAUCUGGCUUUAUUACUUAACAUAUCAAAACUUAUUUUUGAUAACUCAGUAUUUUUUAUGUCUGUCUUUUGACAGCUUUGAUUUUAGCAUUUGUUGAUGUAGGGUACAUUUAAAAUUUUUAAAAAAUGGUUACAUUUUCAAUGUAUAUAUAUUUGAAAAAGUGACAGAUUAAACACAUACAUUAUGCUAUUAAAGGUAUAAAGUUUGCAAUUUGUGCAAACAAUACUGUUGUAUUCACAUGGUUAUAUAGAGUGUUUGAAAGAAAAAAAAAACAUUUGGUUUAAAAUCCAAAAUAAAGAACAGUUUCAAGAAUGUAGUAUAAAUUUCUAAUGAUUUCAGUUUUAUAAAAAAAAUCUGGAUUACCGGUUAUUACUGUCUUAUAUUAAUUUAUCCAAGUUUAAAUAUAUUUACAUAUGAUUGAAUAAAUUUUCCCAUGAAUAAAAAAAAGGUGCAAUAAGAGCAUUAUUUAUCAUAUUAUUAUACUAUUUUGGUAUAUAACUGGUUACCAAAACCAGUGCUUAAUAAACUUGAAUACCAAAAAAAAAA